UAUGGAUGGUAGAAAGAGCGUUACAUCAUCCGGCAGGCAGCGUAAGAUAUUAAUAUACUUACAAGCACUAAUUUUGGUGCAUUACUUCAUCAUAUUUAGUAAUACUUAACAUCUGGGAUAAUAUACUUAUGCUUAGAAUCAAUGACCGAGAAAAUUAAAGGCAAGGUACCCACUACCUCCAAACCCGAGGAAGGUCGAAAGAGCAAGUCCAGAGGAAAGAAAGACCAAGCCUCGGAAAGAAAAACGUUGCCACCAGUGGACGACGAGGAGGAAAAAGCAAAGCCCAAGAAAUCCACAUCUUCCAAAGUGAUCAGAAAAUCGCUUAUAUCGGCAACUCCUGGUAUUAUUAGCUCUCCUUCAAUUGUGGACGUUAAUGAGACAUGGAGUACAACGGAUGCCUCAAAAUCAGCUCGGUCAAGACAAUCCAGACCCAAAAAGACGAUUGCAGUUGUUCAACUUGACCCAAACGUUGAGACGACAGAUCAGAGAGAGCUUAGGAUACUCGUGCUCUGCUCCGAAUUGGCUGAAGAGAUUUGGGAAGAAUCCGUGGUCAUAUUCACACAAAGAUUUUGGCACAGAGAAAAAGGCAUGACAAUGAUUGCAGAACUCAGAGAUACCUGGCUGCGGAUCUUGGAAUGUUCGUGGAUGGAAUUUAACAUUGCGGCACAAGAAACACUUCCCUCCGAGGCUAUCAGUCUGUCAUAUGACAAAAGACCACUUCCUCCAUCACACGAUAUGUGGGCUCGUGGUACGUUGGAGUUGCUACCAGAGUCACGACGAGAAUCAAUCUUAGACCCCUUCAUCCGUCGUAAGGUGCUUGGUCGUGUAAUGAGUUCCAGUGGAGACGACGGCGACAUGAUUUCUCCAAUAAUCUCUUCAACGUCGAGUCUGCAAAAUUUAUUUGCCAGUGAGACAUAUUUCGAAGGCGAUGAAGAAGCAGAAAUAAGAUCAUCCGAUAAUAAGGACACUAAAGAUCUGGACUCUAAAAUGGUGAUGUCUAACACGAGUCCUGAUUCUUGGGCUGGUGAUGGCGAUGCCAAAGCUAACACGGAACAAGACUCGCUUUUCUCACAGUCCUUGUUUUCAGACAUUUCAAGCCCUACUACGCCACGAACGUCGCAAGAUGCAGAAUUUCAGCUGCUAAAAUGUGCCGUAAGUUUGGCGUCAUCAAAAAGUAGUCAUAGUGGACUCAAGCCGUGGACAAUUUCACAAUGUGGGAUGCAUGAUGGGACGCGUGGAGCAUUCAAGUUAUUUCGCCAAACAACAAGUGAAGCCAUACGACUACGUAAUCAAAGUAUUGAAAGCAGCAGCACCGCUGCUGCUACCGUGACGGGAAAUAAUUUGAAAGGUUGCCUUAUUUUUUGGGUAUUUAGCAAGGGGUUGAACAAUGAGUGUUGUACAUAUGUUUCAAUUAUUCGUUCCUUAAUAAUUUUGGCAGACGUUGAUGGUGCAAAUGCUCCUCAAGUUGAAUCCGUUCCAAAGUUGGACGAAGUUGAAACCAUAUUCUUGAAUGACCCUGGAACACACUCAAUAUAUGAAAAUGCUGCGCUAAGAGAUGGUGUUUUUGACAAGAGUCCUGUGCAAUCCCCAGUCUCCAGUCAAGUGAAUAUCGUGAUGCUUGAUGAUGAUUUUGUGACACCCACGGCGGAGACAAAUCUUGGUCAAGUAGGAGUGGUUCAGAUGAAGGUCGCUCUUGAUAAUAGUGAAGGGGCUGAAAAACUUCCGUUUCCUCAAGAGAUGGUAGAUCUACAACCACAGAAAAAUGAGCAAAUUGAGCCAGCCCUUCAACUUGGUAAAAAUAGAAGGGAUAAAACCGUUGAAAAUCCAAACUCGGUUGAAGCAGAAGAAGAUAAUGAUUUCUCGAACGACGCGUCACACAUCGCAAAGAUAAGAAAGGACCAAGCCCUUAAACGUAAAACAGUGACCCAGAAGAAAUUUAAUUCUGAAGAUGCGGCACAGUAAAUAGACAGAGAGUUAUUUUUAUAAUUAGUGAUAUUAGGAUGACACAAAUUAAUGUCAGUCAACUUCUUGCAUGUUCAUUUAUGGAAGAAUAAAGGCUAUUUAUUGCAAUAUAUUACCAAUUUU